AUGCGAACCCCAAGCGACCUGAUCUCAGAAGACAGCCAGGGCGAUUUGGCCGUCCUGCCUCACGGCCGCGUCACCCCGGAGCUCUUCUGCCUGCUGCGCGCGCUGUGCGCGCCAGCCAGCGAGUUUGACCGCUGGGGGCGCCUCGCAGACGUUCUGCAGGGCAGCGCGACGGGGUCCGGCGGCGGCGGCGCAAGGGCCAGCGGCGCCCGGACGGUUGGCGGCGUGCCGCUGGCCAGCCUGCUGAGCGACUUCGGCGGCGGCGGCGACGGCGGCGGCGCAGGCGGGGGUGCUUGCGUGGACGGCGAGGAUCAGCCGCGGCAGGCGGACGCCGUGACUGCCCGCUUCCAGGAGGUGGCCAUCGGCGGGGAGGCGGCGGCGCUUUGGAGCCACCGAAUGGGCCAGGUCCUGCUGGCCGCGAUCUCCGAGCGCCAGGCGCGGUACCCGCCAGGAAGCUGCCUCGAAGGGGACGCGCGCGAGCUGGCGCGGCUGGGCGCAGGGGACAGGUCCGAGCGCGCCGCCGCUGUGCGGGGCGCGCUGCAGCUGCGGGUGGUGGAGCGCACGCUGCUGCAGCAGGCCGAGCGCGCGGCCGCGGCCCUGCGCGGCUGA